CUUCCGGGCUCCACGGGACGGGCUUGCUUUUCGAGAACCUCUGGACCUGGGGAUCGUGGAUUUCCACGAACCUAACGCCUCCCUCCAGUACGGGACGCCUGCAGAGAUGCCCUCAGUCCUUCACUUCUAUGUCCGUCCCUCUGGCCAUGAAAGGGCGGCCUCUGGACACACUCGGAGGAAGCUGCAAGGGAAAUUGCCAGAGCUGCAGGCUGUCAAGACCGAGCUGUGCUACAACGUGAACUGGACAGCGGACUCCCUCCCAAGCGCCGAGGAGAAGAAGCUCACGUGGCUCUUUGGCUGCCCCUUGUUACCGGGUGAUGUUGCCCAGGAGUCCUGGCUCCGUUCUGACUCCAGCGACCUACUGCUGGAGGUUGGGCCCAGGCUGAACUUCUCCACCCCAGCCUCUACCAACGUCGUGUCCGUGUGCUGGGCUGCGGGGCUGGGGGGGGAUCGCGUGGAGACUACCCGGCGGUACCUGCUCUCGUUUGCCAAGCCCCCUUCCUCUGAGGCGAAGACCCUGGCUCUGGCUACCCUGCAUGACCGGAUGACGGAGCAGCACUUCCCGAGGCCCAUCCAGAGCUUCUCCCUUCGGAGCAUGUCAGCACCUCUCAACGGCCAGAUCGACAUCCUGGCAGAGGGCCGGUGUGCCCUGGAAAAAGCCAACCGGGAGCUAGGCCUGGCCCUAGACUCCUGGGACCUGGAUUUCUACACCAAACGCUUCCAGGAGCUAAAGCGGAACCCCAGCACCGUGGAGGCCUUCGACCUGGCUCAGUCCAAUAGCGAGCACAGCCGACACUGGUUCUUCAAGGGCCAGCUCCACAUGGAUGGGCAGGAGAUGACGCACUCCCUUGAGGCCAUCAUGAGCACUCAGGCGUCCUCGAACCCACACAACGUCCCGUUCUGUGACAACAGCAGCGCAAUCCAAGGGAAGGAGGUACGAUUCCUACAGCCGGAGGACCCCACGCGACCAAGCUGCUUCCGGCAGCAGCGGGCGCUGAGACAUGUCGUCUUCACGGCGGAGACCCACAACUUCCCCACAGGAGUAGCCCCCUUCAGUGGGGCGACCACAGGCACCGGGGGCCGGAUCCGAGAUGUCCAGUGCACGGGCCGUGGCGCCCACGUGGUGGCUGGGACUGCUGGCUACUGCUUUGGAAACCUGCACAUCCCAGGUUACAAUUUGCCCUGGGAGGACCCAAGCUUCCAGUAUCCUGAGAACUUUGCCCGACCCCUGGAGGUCGCCAUUGAGGCCAGUAACGGGGCUUCUGAUUACGGCAACAAGUUUGGGGAGCCAGUGCUGGCCGGCUUCGCCCGCUCCUUGGGCCUCCAGCUCCCGGACGGCCAGCGGCGUGAGUGGAUCAAACCCAUCAUGUUUAGUGGGGGCAUUGCCAUGGAGGCUGAGCAUGUGAGCAAGGAGCCCCCAGAGCCAGGCAUGGAUGUUGUAAAGGUCGGGGGUCCCGUCUACAGGAUCGGAGGGGGUGGAGCCGCCUCGUCUGUGCAGGUGCAGGGAGACAAUUCCAGUGACCUGGACUUCGGGGCUGUGCAGCGGGGAGACCCGGAGAUGGAACAGAAGAUGAACCGUGUGAUCCGGGCUUGCGUGGAGGCCGCCAGGGGGAACCCCAUCUGCAGCCUCCACGACCAGGGUGCCGGUGGCAACGGCAACGUCCUGAAGGAGCUGAGUGACCCGGCUGGAGCUGUCAUCUACACACCAGCCGCUUCCAGGUGGGCCUUGUCCCCCCUCUCUCGGGACCCGACCCUGAACGCCCUGGAAAUCUGGGGGCCGAGUACCAGGAGUCAAAUGCUCUGCUGAGGCCCGUGUGACCGAGACUUCCUCAGUCGUGUCAGCGCCCGGGAGCGCUGCCCAGCUUGCUUUGUGGGCACCAUUACGGGAGACAGGAGGUGAAUCGUGCUGGUGGACGAUCGGGACUGUCCCGUCGGAAGAAAUGGCGAAGGGGGCCCCUCGCCCCCAACCCCUGUGGACCUGGAGCUGGAUUGGGUGCUGGGCCAGAUGCCUCGGAAGGAGUUCUUCCUGCAGCGGAGUCUCCCCGUGCUGCGGCCCUGGCCCUUGCCCCCGGGGCUGAGUGUGCGCCAGGCUCUGGAGCGCGUCCUGAGGCUGCCUGCUGUGGCCAGCAAGCGAUACCUCACGAACAAGGUGGACCGCUCCGUGGGCGGCCUGGUGGCGCAGCAGCAGUGCGUUGGGCCCCUGCAGACCCCUCUGGCCGACGUGGCGGUUGUGGCAUAUCACCAGGAGCUCGUAGGGGCUGCCACGGCUCUAGGAGAGCAGCUCAAAAGCCUGCUGGACCCCAAGGUUGCCGCCCGACUGGCUGUGGCCGAAGCCCUCACCAACCUGGUGUUUGCUCUGUCCACCGCUCCCCAGGACGUGAAGUGCAGCGGGAACUGGAUGUGGGCGGCCAAGCUCCUGGAGGGCGCGGCUCUGGCCGACGCCUGCGCGGCGAUGGUGGCGGUGAUGGCGGCCUUGGGUGUGGCGGUGGGACGGUGGCAAGGACUCCCUCCAUGGGCCGCCCGGGGCUCUGAGACCGUUCGGGCCCCCGUAUCUUCUCUUCUCUCUUCCUACUCUGUCUGUCCGGACAUAAUCCACUGUGACCCCGGACUCAAGCGUCCUGGGGGCAGAGGCCAGCUGCUGUUCGUGCCUCUGAGCCCCGGGCAGCACCGGCUGGGGGGCACAGCCCUGGCCCAGUGCUUCUCGCAGCUGGGCGAGCAGCCCCCGAACCUGGACCUUCCCGAGAACCUGGUGCGUGCCUUCCGCAUCACACAGGGGCUGCUGCGAGACCGUCUCCUCUGCUCAGGCCACGAUGUCAGUGGGGGUCUCGUCACCUGCCUGCUAGAGAUGGCCUUUGCUGGGAAUUGUGGGAUAGAGGUGGACGUGCCUGCCCCUGGGGUCGAUGCGCUGCCUGCAUUGUUCGCCGAGGAGCCGGGCCCUGUGCUGGAGGUGCGGGGGCCCGACCUGGCCCAGGUGCUGAAGCGCUACCCGACGGCCGGCCUGCACUGCCUGGAGCUGGGCGCCACGGGCGACGCUGGGCCCCACGGCCCUGGUGAGGGAGCGGGCAGCAGCCUCGUGCGAGUGUCCGUGAACGGGGCUGUGGUUCUGGAAGAGUCUGUGAGGCAGCUGCGAGCCCUCUGGGAGGAGACGAGUUUCCAGCUGGACCGGCUGCAGGCCGAGCCGCGCUGUGUGGCGGAGGAAGAGCAGGGGGCUCAGGGGAGCGGACGGGGCCCACUUACUGCCUGCCCCCCAGGCUUCCCCAAAGCUUCCGUGCCCCGAGAGCCUGGUGGUCCCAUUCCCCGGGUUGCCAUCUUGCGAGAGGAGGGCAGUAACGGAGACCGCGAGAUGGCAGACGGCUUCCAUUUGGCCGGGUUCGAGGUGUGGGAUGUGACCAUGCAGGACCUCUGCUCUGGGGCGAUCGGGCUGGACACGUUCCGCGGCGUGGCCUUCGUGGGCGGCUUCAGCUACGCGGAUGUCCUGGGCUCUGCCAAAGGGUGGGCCGCUGCUGUGACCUUCCACCCGCUGGCCGGGGCUGAACUGAGACGCUUCCGGAAGCGGCCCGACACCUUCAGCCUGGGCGUGUGUAAUGGCUGUCAGUUGCUGGCUCUGCUGGGCUGGGUGGGAGGUAGCCCCAGCGAGGAGGCAGAGGGGACGGGCCAGGACUCCUGGCCGGCCCGGCCGGGCCUCCUGCUUCGCCACAACCUGUCUGGGCGCUUUGAGUCCCGCUGGGCCAGCGUGCGGGUGGGUCCUGGGCCGGCCCUGAUGCUUCGAGGGAUGGAAGGAGCUGUGCUACCCGUGUGGAGCGCUCAUGGCGAAGGUUACAUGGCUUUUUCUUCUCCGGAACUCCAAGCCCAGAUUGAGGCCAGGGGCUUGGCUCCGCUGCACUGGGCCGACGACGACGGGAACCCCACGGAACAGUAUCCCCUGAACCCCAACGGGUCCCCAGGGGGCGUGGCUGGCGUCUGCUCCCUCGACGGCCGCCACCUGGCCCUCAUGCCUCACCCUGAGCGGGCUGUGCGGCUUUGGCAGUGGGCGUGGCAGCCUCCUCCCUUUGACACUCUGACUAUCCCCUGGCUCCAGCUCUUCGUCAACGCGCGAAACUGGACCCGGGAGGGGGCUGCUGAGCAGGGGGGCGUCGUGGGGGGCACCCGGGCCCAACGGUCUCAGCCCGCCCCAUCCCCAUCUUCAGAAGCACCCCCACGUCAUCUCCACAGACGUCUGGGACAGACAAGGACCAAAGCGCAAAAAAAAAAACCUCAGCUAAUGUUACUAAUCAGCCCGCUUUUGCCUUACAUUGUUGGAUGUGUUCCUCUCUGCCAUAGUUUGUUCUUUGUGGACCCGGGAAGCCGCGUGUGGUUCUGAGGCAGAAGCCUGCCUGCAGCAGGGGGAGGGUCCCA